AUGGGACCGACAGACAAGCCAGACAAGACACGACCGGCCGAUGACCCCAGGGAAGCGUAUGAGGAACUCCCGUUAAUUAGUGCCAAAGGUAGUUCGAACAGACCAGACCAGGUAAGGUACCUGGUCGACACUUUUCGACAACUCGACAGUUUUGACCCUCGCGACAGACAGACAGACAGUCAGACAGACAGACAGUCAGUCAGUCAGUUUCCACGCCGCUGUGAAGGUCCGUCUAAAGGUUUAGUCAAGAAUUACGGGUCCAACCACGCCCAACCAGGCCAAGGGUAA